CCCCGCUCCGGGUAUAACACCAGAAAAUGUCAGCGCUGCCGGGAGCAUGCGGCCCCCACCCUAUUUCCUUCCAGUCCCUUUUCCUGGCAUCUUCGGGCUUGGGGCCAGCCCCUGCUGCCUCCCCACCGGGCACUUGCUUCCCUUGAAGGGGAUGCUGCGCCCCACCCCGCGGGUGUCCCAGCCCCCGCGAGCCUUGGUCCACUGCACCCCCAGGCACCUCGCAGACGCCGCUACACCCUGACCCCCGCCAGGCUGCGUUGGGACCACUUUAACCUCACGUACAGGAUCCUCUCCUUCCCAAGGAACCUGCUGAGCCCCAGCGAGACCCGGCGGGGCCUGGCCGCCGCCUUCCGCAUGUGGAGUGACGUGUCCCCCUUCAGCUUCCGCGAGGUGGCCCCCGAGCAGCCCAGCGACCUACGCAUAGGCUUCUACCCGGUCAACCACACGGACUGCCUGGUCUCCCCGCUGCAUCACUGCUUCGACGGCCCCACGGGCGAGCUGGCCCACGCCUUCUUCCCCCCGCACGGCGGAAUCCACUUUGACGACAGCGAGUACUGGGUCCUGGGCCCCACGCGCUACAGCUGGAAGAAAGGCGUGUGGCUCACCGACCUGGUGCACGUGGCGGCCCACGAGAUCGGCCACGCGCUGGGCCUGAUGCACUCUCAGCACGGCCGGGCGCUCAUGCACCUCAACGCCACGCUGCGCGGCUGGAAGGCUCUGUCACAGGACGAGCUGUGGGGGCUGCACCGGCUCUACGGCUGCCUAGACCGGCUGUUCGUGUGUGCGUCCUGGGCGCGGAGGGGCUUCUGCGACGCCCGCCAGCGGCUCAUGAAGAGGCUGUGCCCCAGCAGUUGUGACUUCUGCUACGAGUUCCCCUUCCCCACGGUGGCCGCCACCGCCCCGCCCCCCAGGACCAAAACCCGGCUGGUGCCAGAGGGCAGGAACGUGACCUUCCGCUGUGGCCAGAAGAUCCUCCAUAAGAAAGGCAAAGUGUACUGGUACAAGGACCAGGAGCCCCUGGAGUUCUCCUACCCCGGCUACCUGGCGCUGGGCGAGGCGCACCUGAGCAUCAUUGCCAACGCCGUCAACGAGGGCACCUACACCUGCGUGGUGCGCCGGCGGCAGCGCGUGCUCAGCACCUACUCCUGGCGAGUCCGCGUGCGGAGCUGAGGCCCCCCCUCCGGCAGGCUGAGGCUGCUGAUAAAGCCCUUUCUCUCUGA